AUGCAACGUGAAGAAAAACAAUUAGAUGCUACCUUAGAGGCUACUAUUAUGAGAGUCAAUGAUUUGAAAACAUCCAUUGCAUCGAUGAUAUUUAAAUUAGAACACGAAUAUGAGACAUUAAAUUGGCCAAAUUUUCUUGACAACUUUGCUCUUAUUUCUGGACACUUGACCAGUUUAUCAAAGAUACUCAGUCAUGACAAGGCACCAAAUUUAAGAAAUCUUACAGUUUUGCCUUUACGUUUAAAUCCUGAAAAGGACGAAGAACUUCUUCGAUUAACCGAAGGUAGAAUUCCAACAUUUGCUCAUGAUUCAGUACCGGAUUAUUUGAGAACCAAAUUGGAACCUCAAGUGGAACAAAAAAUGAUGCAGUUAGAAGCCAAAGCAGCUAAUUUAAAUCAUGAAGCUUCCCACGAAUAUAAUAAACAAGUCACGCAAUACACUAAAGUUAUUAGUCAUGUUUGGGAUAUAGCAAAUAAGGCACGUGAGGAAUGGGAAAGUGAAGCUGGUAAUAGAGCAACACAAGCACAAACGAGUAGUGCAGCGGAUACUCAUGCACUUGUCGCUGCUGUUGGAAUGGGAAAAGGAUUGAAAUCAGAUUCAGUUCCAAUGGUUCAGUCAAAUGUUAAUCCUGUACCAAGUGGUAUGAUGGUUGGCAGACCCGCAAAUCAACAACAAUCUGGAGGACAAGGACCUCUUGGAAAUACACAAAUGGGACAAAUGAAUAAAGCUCCUAGUGCAAUCAAAACAAAUAUCAAAGCUGCGUCACAAAUUCAUCCUUAUGGAAGAUAGUGAAAUUAUUAAUAUUUUAAUUAGAAUAUGUG